CGGGGCGAAGUAACGGCCCGUCUCGCUCACAACAAUGGAAGUACUGAGUGCGAGGGAGUGUGCUCGGUGCCUUUGCUCCUAUAACCUGUAUAUUGACCUUUUAAUAUAAAUGAGGACGCUAAAUGUCGUGGUUGGAUGCGGACGACGACGAUGAAGAGGACGACGACUACCAGCUCCUGGAAGGGGUUUCUGAGGGUUGGCGACGUGGACCGAUGGUUCCGCCCCGACGUGUGUUUAAAGUUGGCGACUUGGCGCCGGCCCUCUCCCCCGUGCAGGUUGGCCUGGGUUCAGACUUGAGUCCUGAAGCUGGACUUCAGUCUCCAACUAGACCCAAAGCCAAGCCAUUCCGGGACAACGACAAGAGUACCCAAGAACGAGACAAUAUGUACGACGUUGAAGAGUUGCGAGAAAAUUCAUCACCAUUCUUUGCCUGCUGCAUGAUGGAAUUCAAGUGGUCAUGCUCACCGACAGAUCCACCACAGAACCAAUUGAUGUGUAAUCUGGAUGAAGCAAGGCUGUGUCACGGUGCUGAUGCUCUUCUCCAUCUUCCUCAUGAAACACUCCAGCCUGCCUCCAUGAAGAAUGAUGCUGGUAUGCAUCUAAUCUACAAGACAAGUGGAAUCCAUAUUACCUCUAGACCAGAACCAAGGACCCCCCAACCUGCAGUCAUCAAAUUGAAGCAUAGAUACAAUACUUGCAUAUUGUGCAUUUCAGGCAGAUCUCUAAACUAUUGUCAAUGUGUCCACAGAGGCUUAUUAAAGAAUGGGCCUUAGGGUUAACAUCUGGAAGCCAAAAGUACUCCCAACUGCCUGCUCCAUUCACAGAAAACUCUCUCAAGAACGGGCUGGUGAUAUGUGUGAGCCACUGGACAAUGAGUCAAUACCUUGGGUACAAUGUAUUAAAACAAACAUGAGAUCUCACCCACCUGCCUUUUCAAAUGCCACCUAUCCUGCCUUUGGCAAGAUUUGUGCAUCCAGCAUUGGAUUAUUUAGUCACCUGAAGAUCCACAAUGUUAGAGUGGAAGGC